AGGGCGUUCGCCGCGCGUUGUCCGAGGAGGGGGCGGCCGUUCCCCUCCGGCCAAGCCGCUGUUGGGCGUCGGCCUCUUCCGCCGCUGCCCCCGGCUCGGCUCGGCCCCGCCCCGAGCGGCGGCGGCGGCGGCGGCUCCUUGACCCCGGUGCCGUCCGUGCCGGCGGUGCGGGCAUGGCCGUGUUCUGGGCGCUGCCCGCGCCCCUCAGCCCGGCGCAGCUGAAGCGCCUGGAGCAGCACCGCUACAGCGCGGCCGGGCGCUCGCUGCUGGAGCCGUGGCUGCAGCCCUACUGGGGCUGGCUGGUGGAGCAGGUCCCGCGGGGGCUGGCGCCCAACGCCAUCACCAUGGGCGGCCUCCUGCUGAACUGCCUGACGGCGCUGCCGCUGAUCGCCUGCUGCCCCAGCGCCACCGAGCAGGCACCUUUUUGGGCAUACAUCCUGGGUGCACUAGGACUUUUUAUCUACCAGUCUCUGGAUGCCAUUGAUGGGAAGCAAGCCAGAAGAACAAACAGUAGUUCUCCCCUUGGAGAACUCUUUGAUCAUGGUUGCGACUCUAUUUCCACAGUAUUUGUUGUCCUUGGAUCCUGCAUAGCAAUCCGACUAGGAACAAAUCCUGACUGGUUAUUUUUCUGUUGUUUUGUGGGACUGUUCAUGUUCUAUUCUGCUCACUGGCAGACAUACGUAUCAGGCAUACUAAGGUUUGGAAAAAUUGAUGUAACUGAAGUUCAGAUCGCCAUAACAAUGCUGCUCUUGAUAUCUGCCUAUGGAGGAGCAGCAAUAUGGGACCACAAGGUCCCUUUGCUGGGCUUAGAACUGAAGUUCUUUGCAGUUAUUGGCAUCCUGUGUGGAACAGCACUUUCUUUUUUCAAUUACUUCCGUGUCAUCUUUGGUGGAGGGGUUGGAAAGAAUGGAUCUACAAUAGCAGGAACAAGUGUUCUUUCACCAGGCCUGCAUAUUGGACUGCUUAUCACACUGGCCAUUACAAUUUAUAAAAAGUCUACAACUCGGCUGUUCGAAAAACACUCUUGCCUGUAUGUCCUGACGUUUGGGCUUGUGAAUGCCAAAAUCUCACAGAAGUUGGUGGUGGCUCACAUGACAAAAAGUGAAAUUUGUCUUCAGGACUCUGCAUUUAUUGGGCCAGGACUUCUGUUUUUGGACCAGUACUUCAACAGUUUCAUUGAUGAAUAUAUUGUUCUGUGGAUAGCAUUGUUUAUAUCCUUGUUUGAUAUGCUGAGAUAUGCCAGUGGUGUGUGCCUACAGAUUGCCACUCAUCUUCAUAUACAUGUCUUCAGAAUUUCAUCUCAUCAAGCUCCUGAGCAGGUACAAGCUGCUCCUCCACUGAGCCAUCAGAAUAACAUGGACUGAAGAGACUUGCGCACAGUUGCCAUCUCCUGCUGUUGCUGUCACAAGAAAAGGAGAUAACACUGAACAAAUGCUGUAUCAAUGUGGUUCCUCUGAAUUAAAUGUAUGUCAAACGACUUUUAAUCAGAUGUUGUAUUUUUGCAUUUAACU